AACAACAGCUAAGAAAACAAACUGAACUAUUUGUGUAGUAUUUUGACAUUUUGUGAAAUAAGAAUAGAUUAGUUUAUUUCUAUUUAGCACAAUGUUUUUAUUUUUGACUUCAUUUGUUCUCAAGGUUUUAUGAUAAUUUGGCUUCCUUUAAUAUCUGAAAGACUCACAGCCGGUAAAAUGUAACUCAACCCAGUGAGACAGUGUUACAGAAGAGGAAGUAUGUUUUGGUAGUAAAAUUAUGUCAUAAUGCUGAAAACUGGCCAGAAGAGGCCAACCACUCCAAAUACAUCCAAGCCUGAGACGGGAGGAACAAAUAUAACUAAUGAUCACUGGCAAAACAGUCUUCAAGUGGUUACAGUAGCCCCUAUUGAAGAUGGAACACUGAAUUUCUCCAUCGGUGGAGGAUCAGAUAGUGGGGAAUUUGCCCAUAUAAGUGAUAUAUCCCAAGGUAAAGUGAACUGUGUGAGUGGAGUGUUGAAUGAAAACGACGUCUUACUUGAUAUUCAAGGACAAAAAGUUGCUGGGUAUACCAGAAGAGAUACUGUUGCGUGGUUGAAUCACUGCUGUAGAAGUGGCAAUCCGAUAACAUUGAAAACCAUACCAGCAGGUUUGAUAACUAAGGAUUUACGCCUCUUCCUGAACACUCGCUUUCAGAAAGGCUCUGUUGACCAUGACCUUCAGAAUACGAUUCGAGAUAAUUUAUAUCUACGAACAGUGCCUGUCACUACCAGAGCCCCAAGAGACGGAGAGGUUAAUGGGGUAGAUUAUACUUUUCUUUCGCCUGAAGAGUUUCAACAACUGGAAGAGAGUGGUAGUCUCUUAGAAAGUGGAAUAUAUGAAGGUUUGUUUGAAAUAAAUUAG